CUCUCUGACAGUGCACUUCUCACAUCCAGCUGUGUUUAUGUUCUGAUCUCUACAUUUACGAAUUCACAGCUACCUUUUUGCAUUUUCAGUAUUUAUUUUCUCCAAAGCUGACAUUGGGUUUGACAGGGUUUAUCUGGCGUUGGGUUUGACAGGGUUUAUCUGACAUUGGGUUUGACAGGGUUUAUCUGCCGUUGGGUUUGACAGGGUUUAUCUGGCGUUGGGUUUGACAGGGUUUAUCUGGCGUUGGGUUUGACAGGGUUUAUCUGGCGUUGGGUUUGACAGGGUUUAUCUGCCGUUGGGUUUGACAGGGUUUAUCUGCCGUUGGGUUUGACAGGGUUUAUCUGGCGUUGGGUUUGACAGGGUUUAUCUGGCGUUGGGUUUGACAGGGUUUAUCUGGCGUUGGGUUUGAUAGGGUUUAUCUGCCGUUGGGUUUGACAGGGUUUAUCUGGCGUUGGGUUUGACAGGGUUUAUCUGGCGUUGGGUUUGACAGGGUUUAUCUGGCGUUGGGUUUGACAGGGUUUAUCUGACGUUGGGUUUGACAGGGUUUAUCUGGCGUUGGGUUUGACAGGGUUUAUCAUUAUUUUCUGACCGUUUUGCACCUAAGGAGGCAGGACUGCAACAGGUCCAGUAAACUCAUGCACACUGAUGAUCAAAAAUGCUCUCUCAGCAAAUCCCCUCUCUCUCUUUCUGUUGUUCAGCCUGAAAACAUCAUGCUGUUGGACAAGAACGUGCCCUUGCCAAGGAUCAAACUAAUCGAUUUCGGACUCGCUCACAAAAUCGAGGCGGGGGCAGAGUUUAAAAACAUUUUUGGGACUCCUGAAUUUGUGGCCCCAGAGAUAGUGAACUACGAACCACUGGGACUGGAGGCAGAUAUGUGGAGUAUAGGAGUUAUCACUUAUAUCCUGCUGAGUGGAGCGUCUCCCUUCCUGGGAGAGACUCAACAGGACACGCUGGCCAACAUCUCAGCCAUGAACUACGAGUUUGACCAGGAGUUCUUCUGCAGAACCAGUGAGCUGGCCAAAAGCUUCAUACGACAGCUACUGGAGAGAGACAAGAUGAAGAGAUUAACUAUUCAAGAUGCUCUCAACCACACCUGGAUCAAGUCUAAUGAGUACAAGGAGGAGACCCCCAGCACAAAGAUCCCGGACCAGACCAAGACCCCCAGCACCAAGACCCCGGACCAGACCAAGACCCCCAAGAAGCGUGAGCGCCGUCAGCUGAAGACCAAACGUCUCAAGGAGUACACCAUGAAGUCCCACUCCUCCAUGCCCCCCAACAACACCUAUGCCAACUUCGAACGCUUCGCCCAGGUAGUGGAGGACAUCAGCCAGAUGGAGGGCUCCUUCUCUGGGCUAGCCUCGGCCCACGACUCCCUGCAGGAGGACAUCGACGCCCUGGUCUCCAUCUACAACCACAAGGAGUCCUGGUACAAGGAGGAGAGCGAGGGGGUCCGCCACCAGCUGUCUCAGAUCCGCUAUGAGUUCCGUAAGGUGGAGGUGAUGAAGAGGAGUCUGCAGGAUGAGAUGAAGGUGGUGGAUGUUAGCAUCAGCAACGUUAGCGCCCGCUACCAGGAGAGGAAGAGCCACUUUGACGCCCUAAGACAGGAGCUGAGCGACGAGCUGAAGUGGGUGCAGGACGUGGUGGGGUCGUUUGGGGUCACGGACGGGGUCGGUGGGGUCGGAGGAGGGGGUGGAGGAGGAGGAGGAGGGGGGUACCCCAACUGUAACUUCUCCACUGUGUUUAAUAAUGAUGUGAAUGAGGCGCUGAAGGAAAUGCUGAACAGAAGCUGUGGAGGAGAUCUGCUGUCUGGGAUUAGCCUGAACUUCACUGAGUCUGGAUUGAAGAGAUAGUAUGGUAUAGUAUCGUAGAGUAUAGUAUAGUAUAGUAUAGUAUAGUAUAGUAUAGUAUAGUAUAGUAUAGUAUAGUGUAGUAUAGUAUAGUAUAGUAUAGUAUAGUAUCAACCUGGCUCUGAUUGAGUCUGGAUAGUACAGUAUAGUAUAGUAUAGUAUAGUAUAGUAUAGUAUAGUAUCGUAUAGUGCAGUAUAGUAUAGUAUAGUU